AGUAUAGCCGACGUGAUGAAAGAUGCAACGGUGAUAUCUCGCUGGGGGUUGAACCUACUGAUCCGGCAGACGGACUCGAAGCCCCUAGUGCGCAUGACUGCCAAGGAGUUCAUGUUUGGAUACGAGUCGACCUUGGUAACUCUUGGUAAUAACCUCAUGCCAGCUUGGAUCAAGUUCGGCCGGCUCGGGCUCAUAGACAGGAUGUACGACUUUGAUGGGGACUUUGAAACCGUUUACACCGGCGAGAAAGAUGUGAGGUUGACAGGCUUAAUCGAAAAGUACAAGGGUUCGGAGAACCUACCUCAAUGGACGGGCAGGUGUGCCAACGUCAGGGAGUCGAGUGAUGGUGCCAAGUUUCAGGGUUUCAUCGAGCCAAACGACACGCUCAGAUUUUUCCGCAAGAGUCUAUGCCGUAGUGCGGACAUGGUGCGCACUGGUGAAAAAACCAUCAGAGGCUUGAACACGUACAGAUACAAGUUUAAGGAUAACGAGCUUGACAACGGCCACUUCAGGCCUGAAAACAAGUGCUUCUGCAGACAAGGGUACUGUUUACCCUAUGGCCUCAUCGACGUCACCGAUUGCUAUUACGGUUUUCCUAUUGCAUUGUCAUACCCACACUUUUAUCAGUCGGAUCCAAAACUUCUCACAGCAGUCGAAGGACUCAAGCCGAUCAAAGACCUGCACGAGUCCUACUUCUUCAUUCAGCCAAAGUCCGGUCUUCCGGUGGAUCUCGCCUUUCGCUUUCAAAUAAACAUUGCACUGCAGGACAUCAGCACCAUUGAGCACGUGGAGGGCUUUUCGAAUCUUGUGCUCCCCCUACUGUGGUUCGAAAUCGGGAUGCACGAGAUGCCGCUACUUCUACAUGCCCGGUUUCUCUUCUACCUGAACAUCCUGCCAUGCCUGCAGGACAUCAUCACGUACGGCUCCUUCUUGGCGGGUGUGGUCUGCCUGGUUUGGAGCAUCAUCAAAAUUCUGACCUACAAGCCAAAGGAUCUCGGAGUGUCGAACCAGCUGCUGGUCGAGGCCGAGUUGCAGCAGCGCAAGCACAUGAGCUACUUCAAUGAGAGGUGGCCAUCGGUCAAAGCCUCUAAAGACAUCGACGUAUAUUUCAACGCACUACUCACGACUAAGGAGGAGGAGCCCGAGGAGCCAACGAUCGACCCCGCGGCCCUGCAGGAGUUGGCCAACCUCAGGGAGGACAUCGUCUGAACGGAAUCCGCGGCAAAGUGGCUCACUGGAACCCUUUUUAUUUUGAAAACUAUUUUUAUACGGUAUCCGAUUGUUGCUUGGGCACUUAAGAUUUCACGUUUUCUACGUGGAGCUAGCUACUGUGCAGAGUAUAGGCUAGGGGUGCUUCUAUGGUACGAAGAGGAGAUAUGGAACGCGUAUGCUUAGAUAUCCGAUAUUUUACUAGUCUUUUCUCGUGGAUUCUCCAUGCAACACCUACUCGAGAACAAGCUACAUUAGUAACAACAAACUAGAUCAGUAGCUUUAAUACUUUUUUAAAUGAAGAGUUUCUUUCGAAGCAUAGGGUGCUAGAAUCUUUCGAGAGUAUAAUGAUAAUCUCUUGUAACAAAAAUAAGAAUAUCCAGAAUGGUGUAGAUGGUGUAUUAGUAUAAGCAACAAUGAGCAGUGUGUCAAAAAGUUUGCUUUACGAUGGAUCUUUUCAAUUAAAAGUAUAAUACUCAUAGUAAUGGGUGUAAUAAGACAAUGGAACAUUCAUGACUCGAUUUGUUGAUUUCACGUCUGAACCCACUCCAGACAUUCGAAAAAGAGUUUACUUUAACUUCUCUCAAUGUUAUUUUUAAUGUAUCUUAUGUUGUUCUGUGAUUACAUUGUAUUACCACUGUAUAACUUUGAGAGAAAAAUAGUAACAAAUAAUAAUACUUUCUGAAUGGACAUGCUAGUGCAAAUGUGUAUAGGGUGUAAAAGGCAUUUUUUACUUUUCUUUGAUCAAUAAAUGAUACCAGUUUCCGAAGAACAAAUUGAUGAUGGAACUGAUGUGUUACGCGUCGUUCAUUGUUAUGAUACAAUAUACAAUACUGUUAAGAAUAAGAAAAAGUAAGUUGGUAUCUUGUUGCAAAAGUAAUGUACAAAGAAACACAUUGACCUAAAACCUAUCAGCUUUACAGUGGCAAUCGAAGACAAGAAAAAGUAUGAACUACUACUGUCGUGUAAUUUUUGAUAAACAUUUUCAAGUGUUAGGUGAUACCGUUAAUAAUUUUUGUGAAAAUUGUACAAAAAUUUAUAGUACAGUCAAUAUCUAAAGUAUUCUAAAAUUGAACAAUAAUUUAUCUAGCAUGAAAGUAAUUCAGUGGCAAAAGUAAUUCGAUCAUGCAAAUCAAUUUUAAAUCGCUGCACAGAUGGAUAUGAUACUUGAGAUAAAAUUACAUCACCUAACAAUACGUUGUGCUAAUACUUGGUGGAUUUAAGAAGGAGAAACAAUUUCAUGUUUGUAACAUCAAUAGUAGUAUUGUACUUUUUCAUUCUUAUUUAUCAUCAUCAGGAUAUCAAUAUAUUUAAUUUUUAAUGUGAUUAAUGGCAAUAGAGUUGUAUAACAUAAUUUUACAUUCAUAAACGUAAAUCAAAGCUAGCUCUAUUCACGUAUCAAAAUAUAGAAAGCAAACGUAGUAUGUACAGUUUGCGAUCAUUACAAACAAAUUUGAUUUUUCGAUUUUUCAAACUAGAUGUCAAUAACGAAUCAUCUAUUAGUUUAUCUUUAAUGUCUUAAGUCAGUCCGUGCAUCUGGAUUGUUUUAAACUGUGUAAUGUCAACAUACUAUAUAUGUAAGAAACACAUGUAUCACACAAUCUUACGUAAAAAAAAAUUUUCUCCUACAUCAGCAGCGGAAACGGGAUGUAAAUAUGUAUAUAUGUAAUAAGUUUGACCAAUUAAUGUAAAAUCUAGAUAAUCUAAUUACGCUUAUAUUUAUGAAUGACAACAUAUUAAAGUAAGUUUUGUGUGAGUGGUUAAAAAGCUUAAUAGUCGAUAAUAAGAUUAGGCAAUACUAUACAUAUUGAAGUAUUUUUGAUAAAUAAAUUUUUUACGAUGUAAGUGUCAAAUUUCGAACUGAUCUUUAAAAAAUGAUAAAGUAAAUAACUUUGACUAUAAAUUGUGAAAAGUUUCUGAUAAAACGACUAUAUUUAUCGCCCUAAAACUUUUUGUAUUAUUAUACAAGACAGUUUCGAUAAAUGUUAUUUUAUUUUUUGAAUCAAUAUGGAUUUACGAUUUAGUUUUUUUGUACACACUGUAACUGUGAUCGUACGAUUAAUAUCAUAUCUAAUAAUUUAGCGGUAGUUCUUAUCAACGUUUUUUACACUGUUCUGCAAGAUAAAAUAACAAUAGAAUUUACAGUAAAAAUUUUUGGUACUAUAAUCUCACAUGUCUUGUAACUAAAUUAAAAAGUAAAAUAAAAUCGGUAAAUGUAGAA